CUGUGUUUCACUCACACUGCUAAUAGCGGAUUGUUUUCCCGGAAUUCGGGGGUUCAACCUCAACCUAUGCCGCAUGUCCAGCUCCGCCCCUAAUCCAUGGCGCCCCGCAGAGAUCGAGGCGAGGCCAGCCAUGGCCGCUCCACGAACUGCACCCUCUCCACCCCACACCGCCUGCCUUCUACACAUCCCCUUCCCCCUCCCCACUCCCCCGCUUUUGCACCGCACCACCACCUCUCCCUCCUCCGAAGCGCGCGGCGGCGACGACGGGACGACGAAGACGACGGCGUACUGAGGGGGUCCGGCGAGCACGAGCGCGGGGAAGAGGGAUAUGAGUUCGUCCGCCCCGUCGCCCACAGCGUCCAACUGAUCAUCCUCCACCGGCCGGCGAAAUGGGGACGAAAGUUAAUAUUAUAGUAGGCUCACAUGUGUGGGCUGAAGAACCUGAUGUUGCUUGGGUCGAUGGAGAAGUUGUUAAGAUCAAUGGCGACGAGGCUGAGAUCCAAGCAGCCAAUGGAAAAAAGAUCGUUUCAAAAUUGUCGAAAUUAUAUCCCAAAGAUAUGGAAGCAGCUGCUGGUGGAGUUGAUGACAUGACAAAGCUCUCCUAUCUCCAUGAGCCAGGAGUUUUGCAGAAUUUGGCCACCAGAUAUGAACUUAAUGAAAUCUAUACAUACACUGGAAAUAUUCUCAUUGCUGUGAAUCCUUUCCAAAGAUUGCAACAUUUAUAUGACUCACAUAUGAUGCAACAGUACAAGGGUGCACCAUUUGGUGAGUUAAGUCCGCAUGUUUUUGCUGUCGCAGAUGUUGCAUACAGGGCUAUGAUUCAUGAAGGAAGGAGCAACUCUAUUCUCGUGAGUGGUGAGAGUGGUGCUGGUAAAACAGAAACAACAAAAAUGCUUAUGCAGUAUCUUGCCUAUUUGGGUGGCCGCGCUGCAACAGAAGGAAGAACAGUAGAACAACAAGUUCUUGAAUCAAAUCCAGUCCUUGAAGCUUUUGGCAAUGCCAAGACUGUCAGAAAUAACAAUUCUAGUCGAUUUGGUAAGUUUGUUGAGAUUCAAUUUGAUAAGCAUGGGAGGAUCUCAGGUGCUGCUGUCAGAACAUACCUGCUUGAAAGGUCACGAGUAUGCCAAAUUUCUGAUCCUGAACGCAACUACCACUGCUUUUAUCUCCUUUGUGCGGCACCACAGGAGGAACUUGAUAAGUACAAAUUAGAAAAUCCUAGGACUUAUCAUUAUCUUAAUAAAUCAAAUUGCUACGAUUUGGUUGGGGUCAGUGAUGCUCGUGAAUAUUUGGCUACCAGAAGAGCAAUGGAUAUUGUUGGUAUCAGUACCCAGGAACAGGAUGCUAUUUUCAGGGUGGUUGCAGCUAUUCUUCAUAUUGGCAACAUUGAAUUUGCCAAGGGGAAAGAAGUUGAUUCCUCAGUUUUGAAAGAUGACAAAUCUAAGUUCCAUCUUGAAACAGCUGCUGAACUCCUUAUGUGUGAUCCUGGAGCUUUUACAGAUGCUCUCUGUAAGCGUGUCAUGGUAACACCAGAGGAGGUUAUAAAAAGGAGUCUUGAUCCUUACAGCGCAACUAUCAGCAGGGAUGGUUUUGCAAAGACAAUAUAUUCCCGCUUGUUCGAUUGGCUUGUUGAUAAAAUUAAUAGUUCCAUCGGGCAAGAUGCUAACUCUAAAUGUCUUAUUGGUGUCCUGGAUAUCUAUGGUUUUGAGAGCUUUAAGUCAAACAGUUUUGAACAGUUCUGUAUUAAUUAUACAAAUGAGAAAUUACAGCAACAUUUCAAUCAGCACGUUUUUAAGAUGGAGCAAGAGGAAUACACUAAAGAACAAAUUGAUUGGAGCUAUAUUGAGUUUGUCGAUAAUCAAGAUGUUCUUGAUCUUAUUGAGAAGAAACCUGGUGGCGUUAUUGCACUUCUAGAUGAGGCAUGUAUGUUUCCCAAGUCAACACACGAGACCUUUGCCCAGAAGCUGUACCAGACUUUUCAAAAGCAUAAACGGUUUGUCAAACCUAAGCUAUCUCGCACAGAUUUUGCAAUCGCUCACUACGCUGGAGAGGUGCUGUAUCAGUCUGACCAAUUCCUUGACAAAAACAAAGACUACGUUGUGGCAGAGCACCAGGAGCUACUGAGCGCUUCUAGAUGCUCCUUUAUCGCAGGAUUAUUUCCUCCUCCGCCAGAGGAAACAUCAAAAUCCUCGAAGUUUUCUUCGAUUGGUGCACGCUUCAAGCAACAACUUCAAGCUCUUAUGGACACAUUAAAUUCUACCGAACCUCAUUAUAUCAGAUGUGUUAAGCCAAACAAUGUCCUAAAACCGGCAAUUUUUGAGAAUGUCAAUGUUAUGCAACAGUUGCGUUGUGGUGGUGUACUUGAGGCAAUCAGGAUCAGUUGUGCCGGUUAUCCUACACGUCGCACAUUUUAUGAGUUUUUGCAUCGUUUUGGAAUACUCGCUCCAGAUGCCAUUGAAGGAAAUUGUGAUGAAAAGGCUGCAUGCAAGAGGAUUCUGGAAAAGAAGGGUCUUAUAGGCUUUCAGAUAGGUAAAACAAAAGUUUUUCUGAGAGCCGGACAGAUGGCUGAAUUAGAUGCUAGAAGAACUGAAGUUCUCAGUGUUGCUGCAAAAACAAUUCAAGGGAAAAUACGAACACAUAUCAUGCGGAAGAAGUUUGUUUCUUUGAGGAAGGCAUCUGUAUGUUUUCAGGCAGUUUGGAGAGGAACAUUGGCUUGUAAACUCUAUGAUCGCAUGCGGAGGCAAGCAGCUUCUGUCAAAAUUCAGAAAAACCAACGUGGGCAUCAGGCUAGGAGGUCCUACAAACUGCAAGUUUCUUCAGUUCUCGUAAUACAAGCAGCAUUGCGUGCAAUGGCAGCAAGGAAUGAGUUCAGACAUAAAAAGCGAUCUAAGGCAGCGGUUACAAUUCAGGCUCGUUAUAGGUGCCAUCGAGCUCAUUCAUACCAUAAGAAGUUAAAGGCUGCAGCCAUUGUUGCACAAUGCAGAUGGCGGGGAAGGAUUGCAAGGAAAGAACUCAGGAAACUUAAAAUGGAAGCAAGGGAAACGGGUGCACUCAAGCAAGCAAAGGAUAAACUUGAAAAGACAGUGGAAGAGCUUACAUGGCGUGUGCAGUUAGAGAAGCGAAUGCGGACAGAUUUGGAAGAAGCAAAAGCCCAGGAGUUAUCAAAAUUUCAGAGUUCCAUGGAUGCCCUGCAAGCUAAAUUGGAUGAGACAAAUGCAGUGCUUCUAAAGGAACGAGAAGCUGCUAAAAAGGCUAUCGCGGAAGCACCUCCUGUGGUAAAGGAAACUGAGGUUAUAGUCCAAGACACUGAGAAGGUUCAUACCUUGAAAGCAGAGGUAGAUGAACUUAAGACCUCGCUUCAAUCAGAAAAACAAAGAGCGGAUGAAUUAGAAAAGAAACGCUCCGAGGAAGCACAAGCAAAUGAAGAAAAGCAAAAGAAGAUAGAAGAGACUGAAGUAAAAAUACGCCAAUUUCAGGACUAUCUGAGAAGGCUAGAGGAGAAGUUAUCUAAUGUAGAAUCUGAAAAUAAAGUCCUUCGUCAGCAAGCUGUUUCAGUGGCUCCAGCUAAAAUUUUGUCGGGACGUUCCAAGUCGAAUUUACAGAGGAAUGCGGAAAGUGGUCAUGUAUCAGUUAGCGAUUCAAAAAUAACUCCUGAGUCCGCUGUUGUAGCCUCUCCUAAAAAGGAAUAUGACAUAGACGAUAAGCCACAGAAAUCUCUAAAUGAAAAGCAGCAGGAAAAUCAAGAUCUGUUAAUUAGGUGCAUAGCCCAGCAUUUGGGAUUUGCCGGGAAUCGGCCAGUUGCUGCUUGUAUUAUAUACAAGUGCCUUCUUCAUUGGAGAUCAUUUGAAGUAGAACGGACAAGUGUUUUUGAUCGGAUUAUUCAGACCAUUGGACAUGCAAUUGAGACACAGGACAAUAAUGAGGUCUUAGCAUAUUGGCUCUCAAAUGCUUCAACGCUGUUGCUUUUGCUUCAGCGGACGCUGAAAGCGAGUGGGUCAACAGGAAUGGCUCCACAGCGUCGACGGUCGUCCUCUGCUACUCUUUUUGGAAGGAUGACACAGAGCUUCAGAGGGACUCCACAAGGUGUAAAUCUUGCUCUAAUAAAUGGAAGCAUGGUUAGUGGAGUAGAGACACUGAGACAAGUGGAAGCCAAGUAUCCCGCUUUACUGUUUAAACAGCAACUUACGGCAUAUGUAGAGAAGAUAUAUGGAAUGAUCCGGGAUAAUUUGAAGAAAGAGAUCUCUCCUUUGCUCGGAUUGUGCAUUCAGGCCCCAAGAACAUCAAGAGCAAGCAUGAUGAAAGGAUCUUCUCGCUCAAACACAAAUACAGCUGCACAGCAAGCUUUGAUUGCUCACUGGCAAGGGAUUGUGAAAAGCCUCGGAAAUUUCUUGAACAUACUUAAAGUGAACAAUGUUCCUCCAUUCUUGGUGCGGAAAGUAUUCACUCAGAUAUUCUCCUUCAUCAAUGUACAGCUAUUUAACAGUCUUCUAUUAAGAAGGGAGUGCUGCUCAUUCAGUAACGGCGAGUACGUAAAAGCAGGAUUAGCUGAACUUGAGCAUUGGUGCUAUAGAGCUACUGACGAGUAUGCAGGUUCAGCCUGGGAUGAGCUUAAACAUAUUAGACAAGCUAUUGGUUUCCUGGUGAUUCAUCAAAAGCCAAAGAAAACGUUGGACGAAAUAAGUCAUGACCUCUGUCCAGUACUUAGUAUACAACAGCUAUACAGGAUCAGUACUAUGUACUGGGAUGACAAGUACGGAACACAUAGCGUGUCCCCAGAGGUCAUAUCAAACAUGAGAGUAUUGAUGACAGAAGACUCCAACAAUCCUGUAAGCAAUUCGUUUCUACUGGAUGAUGACUCAAGCAUACCGUUCUCCGUCGAUGACAUAUCCAAAUCAAUGCAGCAGAUUGACAUAUCUGACAUCGAACCGCCCCCACUCAUCCGGGAGAACUCGGGCUUUGUAUUCUUGUUGCCGCCCCCUGAAUAAAGCGUGUGUUGGCCAGAACGAAGCCUAAGGCAUGGGAUGCACUGGCCCGGACGGAUAAUUGGGCAGUCUAUGCAGAUUGAGUUUUCCUAUUUACCAGUGACCAGUGAAAUGCAACACCUGGCAUCCUUGUCUGAACUUUGGUGUUCUUUCCUGGUAGAAGCUAGGAAGUUGAUGGCAGAUGUGCAUUGCCUGAGCUCACCUCAAAUGUAGUUUCACCUCAGUGCCACAGAUUCUUUAUUUUGUUUCUCUACUCAUUUCCUUCCAUUUAUUCUUCUUAAGAACAGAGUGGUGACAAUAGUUCCAUUCAGCUAGACAGAAAGUUUUAGCAGAUUCAGCUGAGAUUCGUUCAUUCCGUAGACCCUUGUGUAGUUUUAGAGCACUUUUGAGGUGAGUUUGCAAGAGCGGUGUAAUAGGAAACAUUUUCCCUUUGCUAUUCAGUCAUACACAUUAUGUGCAACCUUUGUACUAAUCCUGUGUAUAGCAGUAUACAAAAUUGAUCUGCAGCUAAUGAUUCUUUGCUGUGUGAA